CAAGAAGCGGUAAUACUCCCCUCCCCUCUCUUCACAAUUGAAACCCCUUCACCGAAAACAUUUAACACCAACACGACGCAUCCUAAGCUCUCUCUAUUUAUUCCCCCACCACCACGUACCGCUCCAACUCCUACUAACCGAGACAACUAGCUUUAGACACAAAAUGCACCGAGCGUUCCUCCUCCUCCUCUCAAUUCUUCUGUCUCUUGGCAGCUCAUUUUCUGCUAGAAUCCCCGCUAUUAUAGUAUUUGGGGACUCGACAGUCGACACCGGCAACAACAAUAGGAUCCCGACGGUUCUGAAGAGCAAUUUCAGACCGUACGGUCGGGAUUUUAUAGGGGGGAGACCGACGGGGAGGUUCUGUAACGGGAGGUUGGCCACGGAUUUCAUAUCGGAGGCGGUCGGGCUCGGGCCGGUCGUGCCCGCUUACCUCGACCCCUCUUAUUCGAUCCGGGACUUCGCGACCGGCGUUUGUUUUGCGUCGGCGGGGACUGGGUUGGAUAACGCGACGUCGGAUGUUCUGCUUUAUGUUGUUUUUCAGGGAGUCAUUCCAUUGUGGCGAGAGGUGGAGUACUUCAAAGACUACCAAAAGAAACUAAGGCGAUAUCUCGGCAGGGAAAAAACAAAAUACGUAAUAAGCGAAGCGAUCUACAUCAUCAGCAUCGGGACCAACGACUUCCUAGAGAACUACUUUGCUUUUGUAACGGGCCGGUUCAAGCAGUUCACCGUGGACCAAUACGAGGAUUUCUUAAUCGGGCUCGCCGGAGAGUUUAUAAGAAAAAUUUAUUGGUUGGGGGCCCGCAAAAUUUCUUUCACCGGCCUAAGCCCAAUGGGCUGUUUGCCAUUGGAGAGAACUACAAAUGUUUUGAAUGGACACGGUUGCAUCGAGGAGUACAAUAAAGUGGCGCGAGAUUUUAAUGUUAAGCUUCAGGCUUCGAUUGAGGAGCUUUGUGCGUCGCUUCCUGGGUUAAGGCUUAGGUAUAAUGCGGUUUAUGAGCGUUCAUUGACAAUUAUUCAGAAUCCGUCGCUUUAUGGACUCGAGAAUGUACGCGAAGGAUGUUGCGCUACGGGCAAAUAUGAGAUGGGAUAUUUAUGCAACGAAUGGGAUCCUCACACGUGUGCCGAUGCAAACAAGUACAUGUUUUGGGAUUCGUUUCAUCCUACGGAGAAGGUGAACCGUUUGAUGGCGAUCUCUACACUCAACACGAGCUUAGCUGAGUUCGUGUGAGAGCUUAAUUAGUAAUUGAGGAAACAAGUACAUGUUUUUGUAUACAAGCGUGCAUUUGUAAUUGUACAUGUAGUAUUAUUGUGUGUGUGUUUAUUCAUAAUCUUACCUAGCUGUUUUCAGCAAAAGUUGGUUC